UGAAAGACAGGCCCAGCCGAUACGGCGAUACCCAAGACCAGUGGUUAGUUGGCUCUUGGCUAUCGAAUUCAGAACGCACUGGGUUGACGAGAGUUUGAUCAAUUCUUUUCUACCCAAUCGAGAGUUGGAUCUUGAAGGAUGAAAAGUUUACAAUUUUCGCUCCCCGGAGCUUAGAACAAUCCCUCGUUGCCUUUUUUGGGAUGUCGCUCCUCCUUUAGUGUAAGAGCAGCGAAGGGUUCAAUAGAUGGGGAAAUUAGCAGUAGCGUUGAUAGUGAGCUCAUGGGCGAUUCCAGUAUCCAUCGUCGUCAAUCGGAUCGUGACCGCGCCUUACAUGGAUGAGAUAUUCCACAUACCACAGGCGCAGCAGUACUGCAAGGGCAAUUUCUUGAGUUGGGAUCCGAUGAUAACUACCCCUCCUGGCUUGUACUAUCUCUCACUUGCGCAUGUUGCUUCUUUUUUUCCAGGCGUGUAUGCUGUGGAAGGUGUAUCAUCUCAGUACUUUGAGUGGUGCUCGGUUUCAAUCCUUCGGUCCACGAACGUUGUGUUGGCUGUUUUGUGCAGUGUUCUUAUCUAUGACAUAAUUACCUGCGUGAGACCUGCUCUUGGUGAAAGGAAAGCAACAUUUCUGUCUGUUGUCCUGGCGCUCUACCCUCUUCAUUGGUUCUUCACUUUCCUUUACUAUACAGAUGUUGCAUCGCUUACGAUGGUGCUGGCAAUGUACCUUGCUUGUUUAAAGAAGAAGUACUUCUUCAGUGCCCUGCUUGGUGCGUUUUCAGUUUUCACUCGACAGACAAACAUUGUAUGGGUAGUUUUUGUUGCAUGCAGUGGAGUAAUAGAUAUUACCUCGCCCCUUAUAAAGGAAACUGAAAUAGUAGACUUGAGCUCAGGAGAUGACACCAUUGAGGUAGUUUCGAACUAUCAUGCCGCUACAGCUGGAAACAUGAGAAGAAGAAGAAAGUUCAAUGAUGCCGUGGAGAGUGAUAAAACUCCGGUGCUUGUUAGAAAUGCCUCUGUAAUAAUCAAUUCCACAGGUUUCCUUGACGAGAUUCGAACAAUCUGUUUGAAAUCAUGGCUAAUGAAGUGGAGGAUUUUAUUGUCCUUCACCCCUUUCCUCAUGGUAUUGGUGGCUUUUGUUGCUUUUGUCCGUUGGAAUGGCAGCGUGGUCCUUGGUGCAAAAGAAGCUCACACUGUGUCUCCUCAUUUUGCCCAACUAAUGUAUUUUAGUCUAAUCUCUGCUCUUGCUGCAGCUCCUUUGCAUUUCUCACUGAGUCAUUGUGUAGCCCUGUUCUGGUGGUCCUGGAAGAAGGGUACCCUAAGUUUUUGUCAAUGGCUUAUUGCUCUGGCAGCUGGGUUCCUCUCUGUGCACCUUUUCAGCAUAGCUCACCCGUAUCUUCUAGCUGACAACCGACACUACACCUUCUACCUCUGGCGGAAGGUUGUCAACGCUCACCAGUUGGGGAAAUACUUUCUUGUUCCUUUCUACAUCUACUCCUGGUUUUCAAUCUUCAGGACGCUAGGUCGGUGUUGGUUAUUCUAGCUUCCAACUCAGUUCUUGCUUUAUGUUCUGCUUCUGCCCUCAAGCAGGUCUGAGUUCGUCAUUUUGUUAUUCUAUGUAUAUUUGUCAGGGAAAGUUCGACCAAGAGUAUGGGUUCUAGCAUAUUUCUUGGCGACAGCAGCAGUACUUGUUCCUGCUCCUCUAAUCGAGUUGAGAUACUACACCUUGCCAUUCUUUUUCCUGAUGCUCCACUCCUCCAUCAGCUACAGAAGUUUGAUGCUGAUGGGUCUCGUGUAUACCGCCAUCAAUGCUUUCACAAUGACCAUGUUCUUGUUCCGUCCGUUUCAAUGGAGUCAUGAACCUGGCCUCCAGAGGUUUAUUUGGUAGAUUUCAGUCUUCAGAUCAUAUAUAGCUUUCACAAUAGAUUGAUUGCUCUAUGUACUAGCCCUCCAAUUUUCUUCAUCUUUUGCUUGCCCCUUUUGUAGCAUGUUUCCAGACUUGGGACGUUAAAUUGGAUAUAAUGGUCACAAAGUGCAAAGUUAUGGUUGUACAAGUGCUCAAAAUCAACUCUUAUGGUUAUACAAGUGAUCAAAAUUAACGGAGUUGGACG